GUCGGCACUCUUGCUUUCCCAAACGCGCGUGCCGCCGCCGUCGCCGCUGCCCUCCCUGCAACGAUGGAACCUGAGCACAAGUAUAUCUCUACGGAGAAUAUUCAGAGCAUGCUGGACGAGAACUCGGCGCUCAUUGUAGAAAUCAUCCAGCUCAACAACUCGGUCAAGCACGAACGGGGGGCGCAGCUGGCCGAUGUUCAGGACAAACUGGACAAAAAGCGCAAGAAACUCAAUCGAAACCUCAUGACGUUGGCCAAGUGGGCCGAUGAAAGCACUGAGCCACCUGUCAAGUCUGCUCCCCGCCCUCAAGUCCACCACCAAGCGCCUCCCGCGCACAUCGCACCACAACAGCCCGUGGCUUCCAAUGGUGUAACUGUCCCCCUGAAUGUUCCCGAGCCCAUUGUUGUUGCCCCGCAGACUGCGUCGGCAGCACCUGAUGCCGCCGCUCCAGUUGGGAGUCCGACUUCACCGGUCAAACCUGAGGUCCGGGACGACAGUGUUUUCAAGAACGAAGGUGAUGCGCCGGUGCCAGGAGACGAUUCCAUGGGUGCUGGAGAAAAUGCUGCCAACAACGAUACCGAAGGCCCUUCGUCCACGUCGGAGCCUGCGCAACGAGAACUCGAAAGCCAACCGUACGAAGCCGACGAGACGUCUACUGCAAUGAAUGAGGAAUCAGCGCCAAGCACGUCGGAGAUAGAUGCUGCAGCCGCUCCAUCGAUCGAAGGGACGGUCGAUGCGGAGCAGCCUGUGCAAGACGAUGCAGUACGUCAAGAAAAUGAACAAGCUGGUACAACUUUAAGCAUGGAACCAUCUGAUGAAAACAAGACGAAUGCCGCCGUGGACGAACCAGUCGACGACCAACUUGGCGCGGCCAACGUCUCGGAAGAAACACCGCCAGGGGUGCUAGAUGCAAGCGGCGAUGUCAACGUCCAAGAGGAAGUUGUGAAAGCUCCUGCGAACGAGGAUCCGCCUCGUGCAGCCGACUCGGCGGACGAGCCAUCGACGGAAGCCGAAGACCCGGCAGGUUCUAUGCCCGACGAGGCCUCCGUGGAUGCUCCGAAAGAACCAUUCUCGACGGAGCAAGUGGGCAUCCAAGGCGGCUACGACGAAACUUCACACGUGGCUAGCGACCAGCCCGACGGCGUCGUCGAUGCCGCAGACACAGCGUCGAAACAGGACGAGUAGUAGAACAUGAGUGUGCAACCACGGCAAUGUUUAAAGUCUCGUCGCUUAACGAAGAGGCGCGCCGAUCGCAUAGUUGACGGACGAUUUGCA